CAAACCGAUCAGUUCGUGCUCCAGUCGUCGCCACUCGAUCGACUUUCCCACGGACCCACUUCACCCGCAAAGAACAAGAUUACUUAUCACCACGAAGAACCCAACAUGUUGACCUUGCCCAACAUCGCCGAUCUGCGUCUGCAGCAUCAGAUCGCCCAGGAAAUAUACCGCCAGCAGAUUAUGCAACGAUUGCCGGAUCCCCUGUGCGGCCUACUGCCGAAUUUUGCCGGACACUUUCUGCCGCCGCCGCCGCCGCCACCACAACCCACGUUACCCGGGGAUGUGGAGGCCAAACUGGAGAACAAUGAACUGUGGCAGCAGUUCCACAGCAUCGGCACCGAGAUGAUCAUCACCAAGUGCGGCAGGCGGAUGUUCCCCUCGAUGCGCGUUUCUCUCAGUGGACUGGAGGAGGAGGCCAGCUACUGCGUCCUGCUCGAGAUGGUGCCCAUCGGCGAUUGCCGCUACAAGUUCUCCGGAUCCCAGUGGGUUCCGGCCGGCGGUGCCGAGCCCCAGAGCCCCCAGCGAAUGUAUCUGCAUCCGGAGAGUCCGGCUACGGGAAAACACUGGCAGUCACAGGCCCUGCUUUUCAGCAAAGUCAAGCUCACGAACAACACCCUGGAUAACAAUGGACAUAUCGUCCUGGCCAGCAUGCACAAGUAUCAGCCGCGUCUGCAUGUUAUACGCACCUCUGAUCUCGGCCAGAUUCCCUGGGCCCCCCAGCAGGCCUUUGUGUUCCCGGAGACGGAGUUUAUAGCCGUAACAGCUUAUCAGAAUGACCGCAUAACCAAGCUGAAGAUCGACAACAAUCCCUUUGCCAAGGGAUUCCGUGAGUCGGGUCAGUCGAGGUGCAAGAGGAAGAUCAAUGACUCGCCACCGCCAUCGCAGACGGAGGUUAACCAGGUGGAUGCGAUGCCAUCGCCGUUAGCCAAGCGGUUGCGACUGGUGGAGGAAAUUCCUCAGCAUCAUCAGAGCCAUCCGAGCGUUCCAAUGCAGCGUCACUAUCUGCUGGACACUCGGGAAGCCAAUUUCUAUGUGCCAGUGCCAGUGGCAGCGCCACCGCCGCCGGCCAUCGAGUAUGCCAGGCACAACGGUGGCUAUCCAAGUUGGGCCUAUACCCCGCCAUCGCCGGCCUCAUCCGUCUCCUCUUCGUCCAGCGGUGAGUCUGCUGCCGACCGCGAGGCAGAUGCCGACACCUUUGUCGAUGUGGUCGGAACUGCACCACCUGCUGCCGCUUCUCCCGCCCCAGUUUCUGCUACAGCUCCCCAACCGUCCAGCGAUCCAGCAAUGCCGAAGCCGAAACGAAGCAGCUUCAGCAUCUCGGACAUAUUAGGAACCAGCUCGUCCAUUUAAACUGCGUCCAGUUGGGUCGGUCCAUGUGCUCCCAUUUGGAUUGAAAUCGGUGCCUUGUACAUUUAAUUAGCGUUUAGUUGCCAUCGUCUGCGUAGUGUCUAAGCUGAAUUGUGAUAUUUUGCAGUUAAUUAGGAUUUCCAGGUAUUUGCCAUCAGUAUUUAUCGUAUUUAUUAUGCAAUUUUAAUUGUUCACAUGAUUUCGUAAUGGAUUUAUUGUCUUUGGCAUUUUAAUGCGGGAUAAAUAAAA